AUGGGUUCCCGUCGACGUCACACCCUCCUCACCGAUUCCGAAUCGGACUUCUCCGAAUCGGAUAUCUCGAUGAUCGAGUACCCCGGCCGCAAGGUGAGCCAUCGUCACCGCUCCGUCUCGCGGCACCGGCACUUCAGCCCGGAGUACAGCAGCAGCAACGCCUACCUCAGUCCCGUCCUGCACAGCGACGCACAGCAUCAGCAGCAUCUCCACCGGUCCGCCUCGACGGGCGCCCGCCGCCGGCCCGACCGCCACCACCGCGACCACAGUCAGGCCCCCGUGGCCGUCAUCGUCGACGUCAACAACCACAACGACACCAAGUCGGACAACAAGACCGACACGAAGACCGACGCCAAGACCGACUCCCGCAACAAGAGCGCCACCAAGCAACGCAAGGCCGAGCACCGCCUCAGCAACAACUACAACAUCAACGACUACGACGACUCCGAGGAUGAGACGAACCUGCGCGCCCACCGCCGCCGGCCGCGCUCCAGCACCGCCAGCAUCUCCCGCGAGGCGUCCCCGCGCGCCCCCGGCGUCGGGGUCGGGGCGCCGCAGAUGAUCCCCGCGGGCCGCGACCGGGACUUCGAGCUCGUCAUCGAUCAGCGGCUGCUGGAGCGGAACGACGCCCGCCAGGACCUGGAGCUGUUCCGCCAGCAGCAGGAGAUCGAGCGGCUGGAGCGCGAGCUGGCCCGCCACCGCGAGGUCCGCGAGCACCAGCAGGAGUACCGCCCGCACCACGAGGUGCGCAUGCUCAAGGAGGAGGAGGACUGGUACGAGGACGAGAUCAGCGAGCGCCUGCGCCGGCUGGAGCGCUUCGAGAAGAAGCAGCGCAUGGAGGAGGAGCAGCGGCAGGUCGAGCACCGCUACAAGCUGAUCAAGUUCGAGGAGGCCCAGCGCCAGGCCGCCGAGCAGGAGGAGCUCAACCGCAAGAUGCGCCAGAAGCGCCUCGAGGACCUGCAGCGCAAGAUCGACGAGGAGGAGGAGCGCGAGCGCAUCAAGAAGGAGAUCCGCGACGAGGAGGCCCGCCGCAUCCUCGCCGAGCAGGAGCGCGCCCGCAAGGAGGCCGCCAUGAAGCAGGCCGCCAUCGACGAGUGGAAGCUGAACGAGGAACGGCGGAUGAUUGCGGAACGCGAGGAGAAGAGGCGCCGUGAUCACGAAUUCAAGGAGAGAUUGAGACUCGAGUUCGGCUACAAUGAGCACGAGAUUGAGGAGAUCCUCCGAAAGAAGGAGAAGAAAGAGAAGAAAGAGGAGAAAAAGGAAGAAAAGAAGGAGGAGAAGAAGGAAGAGAAGAAGGAAGAGAAGAAAGAGGAGAAGAAGGAGAAGGAGAAGCUCCCGGAGCCUGAGCCACACCAGCGCACCACCUGGAUUAAGGUUCACCGCAAGCAUCUGCUCCCUGAUACACUGAUCGCCUACCGCCUUCCAUGGGACUGGGACGAUCUCGACAGCAACUACAUCAUCAUCAAGCAAUGGAUUUCCGAAGAUUUCCAGGAAGAGCUCUUCGCCCACACGCGGCGCUUGCGCGAAGGCAAGCUCGUCACCCAAACCUCCAGCACCCUCACCGAACUCAAGGUCAACGACAAGAAGAAGAGUGACAAGAUGUACCUUGUGAGGAAGAAGAACCCCGGUGGCCGGGCCUGGAUUCUUACCUGA